UCUCUCACAAAACUCUCUCUUUAUAAAUAACUCCUCGAAGCCACAACUCUACUUCAUAAAGCAACACUUUUCUCUUAAUUAAGAUCCAUGAGUUUCCCAGUGGGGUACACAGAAGCAUUCUUGCCAAAGCUCGUUGUACACACGCUUUCCUUUCUGGGUUUCAUUAGAAACAUCAUUUUCUGCUUGUUUCAAUAUCUGGGCCUCUCUGAUUUUCUCGAAACUGAUGUCAUUUGGGUGGAAUCAACAUCGACGCGAAUUAUUGCAGACCCGCCCGUAUCUGCUCAACUGAUCCGAGAAAUACUACCUGUGAUUAAAUUCCAGGAUUUGGUGGUCAACGGAGAACCGCCUGAAAAUUGUGCCGUUUGUUUGUAUGAGUUUGAAGGUGGAGAAGAGAUCAGGUGGUCGAGAAAUUGCAAGCACUUUUUUCACAGGGCUUGUUUGGACCCUUGGAUGGACCACGAUCAAAAAACAUGUCCUCUUUGUAGGUCACCGUUUCUGCCCGAUGAGAUGCAAGAGGAGUUUAAUCAACAGCUCUGGGCUGCUUCUGGGGUCGGUGAUCUUUACAGUGAGCACAGUUCAAUUCCAGGGUUGUAAGUUAAUUUAUAAAAAGAACCACUUUGUAAUUAGAACAGUAUAGAUUUUGGUUUAAAAUAUUUAAUUAAGUUUGUCAAGCAGGUGGGCUGAGCGCUUUGCAGUAUGUGUCAAUGGCUUGCCAUAAACGACACCAAUUAUAAAUUCCAAAGCAAAUAAUUUCAGCAUGCCCAGAAAUAAUAAAUUAGAGUUAAAAGGAA